UUUAUUUCGGUCGAAAUGGUUGAAUUUAUUAAAAUUACCACGAAAUGUGCCGAAAUACGCUGCGAUGUAGCCGUAGAGCCCAAGUUCACAAUCACUUGCAUUUGCGGUUUAUCCGGUCUGGACUUUGAUGCAUUUCGUCUGCACUUUUGCAGCAAACAUUUGCACAAGGCACACGAACAGAAAGCGGCUACAGAAACCGUCGCCGCUGAUUGUCUCCAGGAAUCGUUGCUUAUGCUGCCAACGGAUAUUCAGGAGGCCCCAACAAUACGACAGACAGAUGCACUCACUGCGGACGCUGAUGAGAAUGAUAGCCGAAAACAGUCAAUUGAUUGUCGUCCCCGCAACAAGUCCAACACAUGCACAUAUUGUGGCCGCACGUUUCGACGGCGAUAUUUGCUAGACACGCACCUCAAUAUCCAUACGGGCCGCAAACCGCAUCAGUGUGAGAUGUGCGGCAAACAGUUUCGAGCCGUGUCCACAUUGAGGCGACACCAGCGCACACACGAACAGCGAGAGGCGCUGCAGUGUCAGCACUGCGACAAACAUUUCACCCAUCGCAGCGCCCUGCUCAGCCACGAAUUGAGGCACACUCAGGUGCGUCGCUUUGCGUGCAGCAGUUGCGACAAGUGCUUCUAUACACCCAACCAACGAGACACCCAUCGACGCAAAUUGCACAGUGCGCAGAGAUUCGAUGCGGAUAGGGAUGCGAUCACGGCACACCCUUUGCCGUUGCCCUUUGCCUGCGAGCUGUGUGGGAAUAGCUAUCGGAGUGCGUCCACUUUGAGCACCCACAAGCUGAAGAAGCAUUACCGGCAGGCCAAGCACAGUUGCGAGCAGUGCGGCAAAAAGUUUGUCGAUGCUGAUCGUUUGCACCAGCACCAGUUAAUACACGUUAAGCCUGAACUUAUAUUAAAAUAAUAUAUAACUCGUAAGCUAAAUCGAGAUAGAUUUAUUUUUUACCCCACAACACUUAACAAUAAGUGAGUUGUUUGAAUAAGUCUAACAUCAGGGUAAGCCAUAUACGGGUAGCGUAAAGUUAGUUCGUAAACAGUAGGCUUAAGAUAUUUCCGUUUAUUCAACUUGCAAGCACAGAGGACUUAAUUCUAAUUGGCGCCUGUUUUUUGAUUGAUUUCUUUGAAUGGGCUUGCAGUGCUG